UUGGUGGUUCUGUCUGGUGCUAGUUUAUUAUUUACCUUCAAGAACAACAGGUUUUUGGUAGCGCAAGGCUUUUCUUAUGAUUUUACUUGAUUGUCUUUAUUUGUAUUACAAACGAGUCAAAGCUUCCAGGUUGAAUCCAACUCCACCCAAAAGGUGCCAUGUCUGCAGGGCUACAGAUGCUUGGUACCGCACUGGGGGUUGUGGGCUGGCUGGGAACCAUCCUGGCCUGCGCUCUCCCUCUAUGGCGUGUGACUGCUUUCAUCGGCGACAACAUAGUGACUGCGCAGGUUGUCUCGGAGGGUUUGUGGAUGACCUGUGUGACGCAGAGCACUGGCCAAAUGCAGUGCAAGGUUUAUGAUUCUAUGCUGGCUCUGUCUUCAGACCUUCAAGCCUCUCGGGCCAUUCUCGUCAUUACUCUGCUGGUCAUGCUGGUGGCCAUACUUGCUAGCAUAGCUGGAGGCGAGUGCACAAAUUGCUUGGCCCAAGGCACUGCCAAGGCCAGGGUAGCUACAGCAGCUGGGGUUUUCUUUCUCCUUGCAGGGAUUCUGAGUCUUGUGCCACCCAGCUGCAUAGCAAAUACUGUGAUCAAAGACUUCUACAAUCCAUUGGUGGCCCAGUCACAAAAGAGGGAGCUGGGGGCAUCCAUCUUUAUCUGUUGGGGGGCUGCUGUGCUCAUGGUGAUUGGUGGAGGGCUUCUGUGCACCUCUUGGCCCAGUGGUAGAGGAUGUCAAAUGGGCCACUAUAAACCAGCAUCUCAAACCAGUAGAGAGUGUGCAGCUUAUGUCUGAGUUUAUGCUAAUCACUGACUUGCUUUUGUCUCUUUAAAUCAUGUAUGAUUUUUAUUUUCUGUAAAUAAAGCUGUUUUAUUACCAUGAGUGACUUUCUUUUAAUCCAGCAGAUGGAGGUGUUGUGCUUGGCUGUCCUCUUGAGCACCACCUACUAUAAGUGGAUGAGACUCUGCACCGACACACAUACAAGGUCUUGGUAUAUUGCUUUUUGAGCAAUUUCCUCAAAUGAAAUUGGGAAGGGGUAAACUAAUAAUGCAAAAUAAAAGCAACUGAAUAUAUUGCAGACAACCAAAAAGAAAUGACAAACAAGACGGUAUCUUCAGGUAUACCAGUGGAAGGAUGACCAAUAAAUUGUACCUUUGCAUCAAAACACCAUUAUCUGACCUGCUUUUUGUAAGCUUGUCUGGAGGAAAGGAUAAACAACUGGAAGUACUGGGCAUUUUUAUUACGAUACAAUGGGAAGUCAUGCACAUUACACUGGUUAACAUGUUUGAGUGUGAACCUGUUGGCAUAUUCCACAUAGCCUUGGAAAAUGAAUUUGCAGAGUGAACAUGUCAUGACAGAAUGUCAACUUCAUAAAACUGGUUGAAAUUGAGACUUUGAGUUAUAAAAGGUGAGCUUGGAAAUGGGCAUCGAGUCUCUUGGGACAUCUACUAAACACUUAUGGCAGCUGUUACAAUCAGUCACUGGUGUACUCUUGAGACUGCAAUUUUCCCUUAUUCAAAUUGUUUUGAUCAAAGCUCCAAGAAAAGUUUAUACUGUCUUGCAUUUAAAAAGGUUUUUUGUUUUCUUUUCUUCUCUUCAUUACAUAAUUAUGAUUCUUAUUUUAACUGUGCAAAGUCUGUUACCCUUCUCAGCAGUCUCCAAAAUAAGACUUUAUAAACAUUUCUGCUGCCAGUCUCAAAUGGAUAACAUUCCUCCAAAACAUCCAUUGACAUCAUAGCCAAAAUUGCAGAGUUCACCUGUACUGGGUACAACACAAAGGGAUGAGUUUCUGAAAGGCUUUCUUAAAGUCCUCAUUGAAUAUGGUGUAUAUAAGUGGGUUGAUGAGGGAAUUCAGAUAUCCCAGCCAGGUAAGGAAGUCUGCAAGCAGAGCUGACGUACUGCAAGAAGGGCAUGUGUUCACAAUGACCUCUUUGAGAAAGAAAGGCAGCCAGCAGAUCACAAAAGCCCCAAGAAUGAGGCCGAGAGUGA